GGCUGGUCACGCCCGCCCGCCCGUUUGGUUUGAGAAAAAAAAGACGCCCGAUCGGGUGAACCCUAUUUUCCCCUCGCCUCUGCCGUCGCCUCUCGCGCCGCCGCUGCCAUCUCCGGCAGUACCUGGCCGACGGGGAAAUAAAGUCGCCCGCAGCACCCAGUAAUUUCGACGUAUUGUGCGCAAAGUCGAUGCCGACAACCGCCUAGGUCGGGCAGACGCCGCCGCCGCCGUCUGCUCGGCGUGCUGUUCGCCCUCAAGCCUUCGUCACCGGCGAAUAUCAACGCUAUUGUCAUGUCUGACGAAGGCAACGAGGUACGCGAGCCGCUGACAUAGUGAUUUAAAAACGGAUUUUAGUUGCGACGAUGUUACGUGCUGUUUGAAUGGAUGUUUGAUUAUAUAUAAACGUGUAUAGAUGGAGGCGAAAAUCAGAUAUGACGGUGAUGAUGGCGGUAGGGAGGACGGAUCAUUGUCAUUGGAUGAAGACGAACAUGGCGGGGGAAAUUAUAUGAGUUUGGAUGAGUCUUACAGUGGCAAUGUAGGUGGGGAUAAUGACAAUGAUGAUAUGGAUGUAGAUGAUUCAUAUGCUGAAAACGGUACCCAUAUGGAUGUGGAAGGGUACUAUGAGUGGAAUUUAUUCGAUGAUGCCAAUGACGAAAACGAUGUUGAUGCAUCUUAUAAUGACAACUCAAGCAAAGGAGACGUUGGUGACCCGUGCGAAAACGAUGACGAUGCCAAUGGUGAUGAGUAAUUUUGACAUUGGGUACGAUGAAAACCAGUAAGACUCACUGGACAGGCAUUGGAUGGUGAUGGCCACGACGUUCAGGUCAGAAGAGGAGGCAUAUGAUUUCUAUAACGACUAUGCGAAAAAGCGUGGAUUCAGCAUUACGAGGGACAACUUGAAAUACGCGAAGGGUGUCGACGCACGUAAGCGCUUGAGGAGGUUUCUCCGUUCGAGGGCUGGGAAAUGACAGGCCAAGUUUUGUACCAUGGAAGGGAGGAAGCGUAGGCUGAGAGCGGAGAGUCGGUGUUAUUGCGAGUCCCAUCUAACUGUGAAGCUUGAUAGAGAGCGCUCCAUUUGGUAUGUCAGUAGUUUCAGCGAUGAUCAUAGUCACAUUCUUGCUACCGGAUGAAGUUACAUAUCUCCGAUCUCACAAUCAGAUAAAGGAAUAUCAGAAGAUCGAGAUCUUAGCAAUGGCAGGUGCUGGGAUCAGAAAACAUAUGAUUUAUGACAACUUCGUUAGUAGGUAUGGAUCAUAUGCAAGGGCUGGUUUCGGGAGCAGGAAGCUUUAUAACAUGUGCUAUAGGGAGAAAAUGAAGUUGCUAGCAAAGGGUGAUGCGGACACUGCGAUCGGGAUCAUGAUGGCCAUAAAGGCAAGGGAUCCAGACUUUUUCUUUGACCACACUGUUGAUGCAGAAGGCAAGCUGAAGAACCUAUUCUGGUGUGAUUCUCAGUCACGUCGGGAUUACCUUGACUUUGGUGAUGUAACCGUCUUCGACAGCACAUAUAAGAUGAAUAGGUACGGAAUGCCAUUCAUACCUUUUGUUGAUCUAAACAAUCAUCGUUGCACCAUUGUGUUCGGUUGUGCUGUUGUGUCAGAUGAGACCGAAGAUACAUAUGUUUGGGUGUUGCAGACCUUCUUGAGAGCUCACUGUCAGAAGAAGCCGAGGUUUGUAAUUAUUGACGGAGACGCAGCCAUGAUAAGGGCCACCAGGAAGGUCCUUACUGACGUGUGGCAUCGACUUUGUUCGUGGCAUAUAGAGAAGAACAUGCAGAAACACCUCCACCACAAGUCCCUUAAGGAGUUCAUGUCUCUUAUUUACUAUGCUACUACACAUGAUGAGUUUGAGGCGGGAUGGGCAGCUUUCAAAGCUAAAUGGGAGUCAGAGAAAACUGAAACAUGGUUGCGUUGGAUGUACAGGAAGAAAAGGCUUUGGGCUGCAUCAUAUCUCACCGGUGGGUUCUUCCUUGGUAUGCGGAGUAACCAGAGGAGCGAGAGUCUGAAAUCUUGCCUUCAUAUGCAUCUUGACUCUGGCAUGACAAUUGUUGAUAUGGUUGUGCAUUAUGAGAACUGCAUUGUGCGGCUCCGUGAAAAUGAGUCGUACGACGACUGCAUGGCCACACAGACACUCCCGGUAGCAGUACUUGACGAGUUCAAAUACAUUGAGAAAGCCGCUGCCCUCACUUCACUGCGGUGAACUUUUACCUCUUGCAGAAAGAAAUGAAGAAGGCAGCGGAUCUUGAGAUCAUAGAUAGACUCAGUGGAGCCGUCAGUCAGAGAUUCAAGUGGCAUGGAAAAAUAACACCCAACUGAGAUUCAAAGUGGACUAUACACCUACUAACUCAGAAGAAAUAGUGAAGUGCAGUUGUGGUAGUAUGAAUCGUAAUGGUCUCCCAUGCAAGCAUGUUCUUUAUGUUUUGGCCAGGUUGAACAUGAAGGACUUACCUCAGUGCUUAGUGCUGCGAAGAUUCACCAAGAAUGCUAGAGGUGGACUGGCCGUGAAGCGCACUAGCGAACUCUUUGCAUGGGGAUGGGCAGGUACUGAGGAGAGAACUAAGUACAAUGAGUUGACUAUUUUGUCUGUGGAAGCAUCUCAUGCGGCAUGUCAUAGACCAUUUUGUAUUUGACAAACUGAAGGCUGCUCUGAAGGAUGUUAUAGCAAACAAGGACGUUGAGGAGGAAGAAUAUGUGAGACAACAUAGGGUUGCGUAUGACGAUGCUUUUGUGCCGGAUCGAGAUCAUGUUUCUGUUGGUGAUCCACAAAAAGUCACUAUGAAAGGAGCACCCAAAGGGCAAAAUAACAAAGGCCGUGGUAAGGAACCCGGCGUGACUAAAAACGGUAGACCUAAAGGUUUCAAUGAGAAACCUCCUGAACGCCUAUGCGGUUUAUGCAGAACAAAAGGUCAUUUCAAGAACAAUUG